CGGCUCCCCGCGCAGGCGCCGAGCGGGCCUGGUGGGCCAGGCCGCGGCGCUUCGCCAAGGCGACGGCCGUGUUUACAAGCGGCCGCGUCCUCCCUCUGCCCUGGUUGUCACCCCGCCCCGUAACCGUCCCGGAGCGCCUCAGCCGCCCAGCUCCGUCCUCUGCUCCGUUUUAAAGCCAUGCCUGUGCGCUGGAAGGGAUUGAGUGAGUACAAGAGGAACUUCAAAUGGAGGAAAUCGGCGCAGUCUAGGCUUUGUAGCUCUGCACCUGAGCAAAAAUGCCGAUGGGCUGGACUUCGAUCGGAUGAGCUUGGAAUUGCAAGAGAACCCAGUUUCAUUUCUAAGAGAAGAGUGCCUUAUCACAACACACAGAUUUCAAAGUCCUUUGAAUGGAUUGGGGAAAAUAAUUCAGAGAAAGAUACGUCAUCAGAAUAUGAAACCCACCGGCCAUUGGAGUUGGGCACAAAAGACAGCAAAGAUGAUGUAAAUCAGGAAAAUAUUAAAACACCUGAUGCACCCAGGCUUCCUGAAAAGGUGCAUUCCAGCCCUGCAAGUUCUAGAUCUGAAUCAACUGUAGCUCUUGCAGAAAGCAAGGUGUCACCACCCAAAACAAUAGGGCAUAUAAACAAAAAACCACUACCUACCAAAAAGGAAUUGGGAGAAAAAGACGGUGAGCUUAACAGAGUUUUGCAGAGGAAAGCAGGCCUGAAUAUUCCAUGGUCAAGCAGCUUCCCUAGAAGCUCUGAGUAUCAACGGCAAUUUAUUUGGAAAACUCCUCAAAAGUUGUCUCCAGUGCUUGCAGCAGACCAGUUUAUUCACAGUUCAAGUAAAUCCAUCCCUCCAUAUAAGUCUCCUGUCAUUAUUCCUGAAACUGAAUAUGAAAGGAGUUUCAAAGCUUCACCCCCUGUGAAAGAACGGAAACAGAGAUGCUGUUUGGAGGAGAAAGAAUGUCCUGUAUCUGAACCUGUAGAAAUUUCGUAUGGAGAAAAGAAAAAGGAAAAGGAAACAUUUUUGAAGACUGCAGAAGAUCAAUCAAAGCUAAGCAAAUCGGAAACAAAGCUGAAACAACAAAAACAAAAACAUAGGUUACUUGGCUUACAUAGAAAUAUUAAGAAAAUGAACACAGAAUACAGAUCAAAUUUCUUGUCUCCAGCACAGUAUAUGUACAAAGAUGGAGCCUGGCUACGUAUCAGGGGAAACAAACCUGAUCAGGUGAAAGAACUUCGGGAGAAAGCAGAGGCCUACAGGCGAAGGGUCCAGGGAACCCACUUUUCCAGAGAUCAUUUAAAUCAGAUUCUGUCAGAUAACAACAGGCUUUGGGAUUUGUCCUCUAAUUCCAGUGCUGAAGAAAUCAUUAGCAACAAUGUCAGAGCUCUAGAUCUUGCAGGGGUCCGUGAGAGAAAGCUCUUGCCACAUCCUGAAUUGCCAAAACAGUUCCAGCUGAACAACACUGGGAAAUUAGGCAUGUCAGACGCUGCCACUGUUCCAGUCAAACAGCGUUUGGUUUGGGACAAACCAGGCAAUGAUGAGCAACUGGAAAAUCAGUCACCAGCAUUAGAGGAAGAAGAGGGGGUGAAACGUAAGCCGGAACCGGAAGAGAUCGAAGAACUGGAAGAAAACGAUAAGGAUGCAAAUACAGACGCCCAGCAAGUAGAAGAAAACAUGAAUUCUCCAGGUGAUAUGGCAGAGUCUUCUUUGGUAUCCUCACAAGAGGGUGGCAGGCUUCCUACCCCACAGCUAAGGGCACUUGGUGGAGCCCAAAGAACACACCAUGACCUUACAACACCAGCUGCUGGAGGUGCUGUUUUAGUAUCUCCUCCAAAAGUGAAGUCUUCAUCCUCGCUGCAUGUGAGGCAGGGGUCUUCAGAAAAGCAUGCCUUGGCAAGUCAAAUCUCAAGGGAAGACUUGAAAAGAAAAUCUAACAGGGCGGAUGACGAGGAUACGCCACUGAGUCCUUCCCCAGCUGCUGGGCUGAAAACUGUGGAUCCUUUGCCUCUGAGGAAAGAUCAAUGGUGCAGCCGAGAAUCGUCAGGUGCAAGAAGCUCUCCAGCUUCAGCAUAUUCAGGGCAGACAACAAAAGUUCCUGGCUUAAAAUCAGCCAAGGAUGCUUCUUUGCCCUAUUGGAGUCCAUCGUGCCGCAUUCAAGGAAUGCUUAGGGAUCCUGAGUUUCAGCAUAAUGGCGGUGUUGCAAGCCCUAAAAGGAGCUGGAUGCAAUUACCACUUCAGGAGAGAAACUAUAAUGAUGAAGAUGAUGAUGACCGAUUGUCCCAGCUAUCUGCUCGAUCUGCUGCUUCUAGUUCACUGGCAUCUCAGGUUCUAGAACGAGCGCAGAGGAGAAAGGAGAACUUCUGGGGCAAAAUGUGAUUGUGUUCAGCUAUACUCCUGAAAUGUUUUGGUAUUUUAAUACCAAUUUCUGGAAAUUAUUUGAGGCUGAAUUCUGGUUGUUUGCACUUACCACUUUGGUAAAAGGGUCCCAUAUAGGAAAUGCUGGAUAUUCACAUCCCCUUAUCUUGGAUAGGACAGGGAUAGAUGACCUGUGAUCCUUUGGGAGUUUUUGCAUGACAGCUCCACUCUGGUCAUUGGCCGCACUGGCUGGGACUGAUGAGAGCUUAGAGUCCAGCAACAUCUAGAGGUCACAGGCAAGGUUCCUGCUGGCAUGGGUUCUGGGAAUGCACAACCUGUCUUAGAUUUGAGCUCUACCUCAUUUGGUCACAAAUGUUUUUAGCUAGAGCAGUGUCAGUUUUGUUCAAAUGGCAUUAUAGCAGAGAAGUGUUCAUCUUCAUCCAUCACAAAGAGGAGAUCGUCAAGUAUUCCCAGUGAAGUAAGAGUAACUAACAUGAAGGAUGAACCCAGGUGUAGGUUGCCAGCAACCUUCAUUGAUUCCUGACCUCAGCAUUUCUUCAUCUCUUCUGGCACUCACUGAGCCCCAAAAUCCUUUAAUCCCACCCAGCAUAUUCAUAUAAAUAAGUCAGAUUCCUCGUGUCAGAUUCAUCAGCACUGAUCUUUAUGCUCCAAUGCAGUCUUGGCAUUCACCCAAAGCUAUUAUGGACCUAACAUGAUUUUUGACUUGGUCAUGUCUGUGCAGGUUCCAGCAGGAAUCAAUGUAGCUUCUGUGGCUGCCUUGGCAAUACCAACCUGAGUCAGUUUUCAUUAUGAGAGUACCAAGUAAGAGACAACCACAGAAGUUACUCUCAUGACCCAACACCACAGCAUCCUGUUACUUUGGUUCUGUCCUCAAUAUACAUUCCAGUGUCACUCCCCUUCACCUGUUAGCAGUUUUAUCAUAAAGACGAAGCUAAAUCUCAGUCCCUAAUACUCCAGGUAAUGAAG